GACCCAUAACUAUUUAAGGCCACAAACCCUAUACGUAUCUUCAUAUCGCAUAGCAUUCUAUCAUGGAAGGAUCAAGAUCACCAAUAGCAGUCGAGGUUGAUAAUCAAUAUUCACAACUUGGUCUUGUUCUUCCUGCAAGAAGAAUGCAACUUCUCCUGGAGCAGGUCACCCAAAUUCUUCCUCUAAUCCCACAAGAACCAAACACAAAUAAUCUACAAGAAGCAAAUCAUCAUAUGCCAUUAACUUUUGAUGAGUUCUUGAAAUCUUUGGAGGAAGAUAAAUUUAGAGAAGAAUAUGUGCCUUCUUAUGGUUAUGUGGAAACAAGUAAAAUCUCAUUGAAGAGGAAAAGGGAAUCUCAAAAUUUAGGUGAUUUUGAGAAUAUCAGUACAACCUCAGAAUCAAACGAAACAAUCUUGAAGAUUUUGGAAGAAUCUUACAAUAAUCUCCUUAACAUGUCUGAAGUGGAACACAAAGAAGGAACUACCAAAUAUGAUGCAGAAUUGAGAAGAGCAACUGAAGAGUUUAUGAAAAAUUCAUAUGAUAAUCUCCUCAAUGGGGUUUCAGAAUCAUCCAAAGGAUCCAUAGAGAAAGACUUCGAUGAGCUACUGCUGAAGCCUAUAGAGAAAGACUUUGAUGAGUUACCAUCAAUUUCAGGAUCCAUAGAGAAAGAGAUUGAUGAGUUAGUGCUGAAGUCUAUAGAGAAAGACUUAAAUGAGUUACCAUCACUUUCAGGAUCCAUAGAGAAAGACAUUGAUGAGUUACUGCUGAAGUCUAUAGAGAAAGACUUUGAUGAGUUACUGAUGAAGGACUUGCCUAGUUCGCUAAUCAUAGGGGGAAAUUUCACUGAAUCACAUAAUUUAUGUAGUAGUUGGGAACCUCAUCUUAAAUAUUAACCUUGGUUGAUAAUUGUUUUCUAGCACACAGAAAUGCUAACUGAUAUCCAUAUAAAUGUGGAUUUUAAAUUUUGGUUAU